AGGAACAUAUCGUGUUUCCCAAGGUAGACAUAGAUGAAAAAUCGUACUAAAUGAAACUGGCCUCUCAUGGGCAAAGUUCAAGAAAGUAGACUUCUCGCUUUAUUUUUGAGCUACACCUAGUAGUUUCCUGUCGCUGUCCUCGCCGCGAGCAGCAGCACACCGCUCCUGAUCUCGAUUAUACCUUCGACUCUUGUUUGCGUUUAGUUUUGAAAACAUCAAGACCUUCGCCACUAUUCGCACCUCCCUGUCGUCCUUGUGCACGACCAAGGUCCUCCGACGUAGUGACAAAAUGGACGUUGCGUCUGCGGAAAUAAAAAAUCCGUCGUGCCGGCUGUUCCCCCCGGCCACGGAACACGACCAGAAAUUGUAUCCUGUAUUAGAACGUCCCCACGCACCCCAGAGUCAAGACGGCGAUCUUGCAUAACACGAAUCAGCAAAUUCCAGCCGUUGCGCAUGACAAGAUCAUUGGGUCUCUAAGUCUAAGAAGUGUAGUCCUCGUUGGCUGGUGAAAUCACAUCGCAAAUCUAGCUCUUUAUCCUGAUGAGAGCAUGAAAAAGCUCAAGGCAGCAUGAAAAAUGCUCCUCAUCAUGGGGUUCUUGCGCAUGAGAAAUAUUCACAUUUGCCGCAUGCGGAUUCGCAUGAUAGAUAAGUCCAGGGUCGUGAAGAUGUUUUUACUCGCGAUGAAAUGGUGGAGCAUUGGAUCGAGCAGAUGAAGGUGGGCGAAAAGAUUAUCGCCGUCUGGCGCGUGUCCGAAGCGAACAAAAACAAGCGUGUCAGAUGGUUUAUCUACGUGUGAGGGUGCACAACUCCCCCUCCACCUCAUUUGUAUCUAUAGCUAUACGCAUCAGCGGCAAAAAUACAAGCAUCAGCAAGAGUGUCGGUUUUUCAUAGACAAAUUUGCACAGGAGUGUCGUACUGUCUGGGUAUCCUUGAUUUGUCAUGAAAACAGUAUCAAGAGACACGGCCUGGAUUUGGUGUUUUGCAUGACAAAUGAGGGGGAGCGAGGGGGAGUUUUGCACUGUCAUACAACUACGUGGCAACAGUAAUCGCGGUCCUUUCUGUUUUCCUUUUGAGUAUGCAAGUACUCCGUGCUUCUCCUGCACAGCAGGUAGAAUUGUCGUACACGUCGCACAGGUGGUUCUGCGGUACAGGGAUUAAGAUUCAAUCUAUAUUAUGAAUGCGAACUGCUUACUCUUGUGCUUCAAUUUCUACAUCUAGUUUCUCAACAAGGCAUCAAAAACAAGGCCUCUCAUCAUGAUGAUGUCGGGCUGAAAUGAUGAUACUCGCUUCUCUGGCCGCUAGUAGCUCUUGGUUUCUCAGUCAGAAUCCUGUGCGACGACCGUGUGCUAUUUUUUUCCACAGAAUAUCCCUUUUUCUGGCGAUCUACACGGCGAUGGAGAGUGACGAAGCACCUUUGAGCACAGGUGACCCAUGGUUUGACAACAAAUGGUGCCAGUUUGUCAAAGUCUGCGUCCCGCUCCUACUCUUUAACCUGCUCUGGUUUUUCUACAUGCCGCGCGUCGGGAAACAUCAGCUGGAGAGCGAAAUCUACGCGCUCGGCGAGCGUAACUUCUUCUACGCUGGCUUUUCCCAAGGCAUGGUAUCAAAUGUAAAAAUGUCUGGGUCUGGAAGAUUGCCAGGUUUGUCAUGCACAUUUUGCAUGACUCCUGAUGUCUGUGAUGCAUGCCCUAGCAUCACAGAUUGCGUGAGGGCCCUCUGAUGCCUAUACCGCAUGACAAAUGCUCUUUCCGUGUAGCAAAACUUGGACUCUCUUUGCUGCUCAUGCAAUACAGAUUUUUUUAGAAUCCAAAAUCAGCAUGACAAGUUGGAUUCUUCCAGACCCAGACAUUUUUACAGUUGAUACAUGGGCUACUUUGACGCAACGACGUACCUGGAAAUCGGAAACGACUGGCUCUUCAAGGUACACAAAUGUUGUGGAGGACGAGAGAAUAUCUACUUCCUACUAAUCCUUUUUGGAUCGUUGAAAUCCAAUAUUCAUGACUCAGGAGCUACAUGUUGAUCAACGCCUCUUUUCUUCUACUUAUUACUAGUAUGCUUUCCAAAUCCAAUUUACUAUUCUCGUAUGAAAAAACAAAGGUAGAAGCUGUUGUGCCGAUGGACAAAGAUUCCUACCUAUCCUGUGUAAAAACGUCCCCACCCCCUAAUCAAGAUGGCGAUUUUGCAACACAAACAUAGAAGUUUUGGGACUCACGCAUCACAAGUUGCUGCUCGCAGUGUAGUGCAGGUUAGCAAGGAGAAGGACAAACGCAUCACAAAUCCAUCUGCUUAUUCUGGUUACAGCAUUAAAAAUGCCAAAACACGAAUAGAAACGCCUCUCAUGGAGAUGCGCACUACACAUGUUCCUGUCAUUGCAAAUCUGCAUCACAACUCUGGGGUGGGGACAUUUUUACAAAUGAUACUACCACGGGUGCGAGGGGGUGGAGUUGAAGCUUCCCGCCUCGUAUCAAAUGCAAAAAUGUCUAGGUCUGGAAGAAUGCGCGACUUGUCAUGCGGAUUUUCCAUGACUCAUGAGGUCUGGAAUGCAGAAACUAGCAUGACAGAUUCUGUGAGAUCUCUGUCAUGCCUGUCCCGCAUGAGAAACUCCCUCUGAACCAGGUCAAAAGUGGACAUUUUUUGGUAAGCAUGCAACACAGAUUUUUACAGGAUGCAGACUUAGCAUGACAAGUUGCAACCUUCCAGACAUCCAGGGAUAUUUGCAAUGCAUACCUCGACGGCAUCAACGAUUUCCGAUUCGCGGUUUCUCGUGCCGAGUUGCUUUUCCUGCUGCUGCAUAUGCAUUGCAAAUAGGUCUGGGUCUGGAAGAGUACAACUUGUCAUGCUAAAUCUGAAUCAUACAAAAAUCUGUGUUGCAUGAUUACCAAUAAAGCUGUUCACUUUUGAGAAGGCCCAGAGGCAGUUUCUCAUCUGGAAAAGGCAUGAAAAAGAUCUCACAAAAUCUGUGACGCUAGGGCAUGCAUCACAGACCUCGUGCGUCAUGCAAAACGUGCAUCACAAAUGUUGCACUUUUCCCGACCCAGAAACAUUUGCCCUUGAUACUGCACCCCGCAGUACAAAGCCAUCAUCAUGAACGAGCAAAACCAGGACGAGGCGCUGCAAAUACUUCGGCAAGCGGUCGAGAAGUGCACCAAAGAAUACACCGACAGCCGUACGGGAAAAAUCAAUAUGCAUAGAAAAUAGGUCAUCUGGGUCUGGAAAAUUGCAACACCUGUCCUGCUGUUGAACUUGCAUGGAAUUCCUCCAGUACCUUUUUGUCAUGCAGAAACGCGAAUAAUUUGCAUAUGACUAUGACAUGAUGCCAUGCGAGUCACCACGCACGACAGAUUCGUUUGAAAAUUGCUCAUGCUUGACUUCUGCGUACUGGAGUUAGUACCAGUUUGGCAUUCAUAUAUUGAAAGUAGCGGGCGGACAAUUUUCCUCCAAACUCAGACACAUUCUCAUGUGAUAAUCGACCAGGCGAAAAUCGACGCGUAUGGGGAAGAAGUAACCAAAAGGCAGAACGAGGCGCGUGGCAACUACGGUGCAGUUUGA